AACCCUAAACCCCUUUGACAAGGGUGUUUCUGUCCACUUUCCCGCUUCGAAUACAAUCUUGAUCCUCAAAUGGAGAGACCCCAUUCCUAUGAGAUUCAAAUUUGAAUAGAACCCUGAUUCUCUCUAUAGAGGAACCACCAUUUCAUCAGUGAAGAUCCCCAUUUCUUCACUUUGAUUCCAUAAAAAACCAGAAGAAACACACCAUGAGUUACAGGCGUGUUUCUUCACGAAUUAACCAACUUCUUCGCCUCACUUCGUCAUCUUCUUCCAUUGAAAGGUUCCAGAAAUCAUCUUCCCCUCCUUUUUCGAUUAACAGAAGUUACUCACACAUGAGCAAUGGCUCCGGGCUUGGAAGUCUCUUUAGGCCCGAACCAUGGCUUCUUCGUGGUCAAUCAACUGCCUCUGCCUCUGGUUUAGUUUUUUUUCCUAGGUUUUCUAGCACAGUGGGUGGUGGCUCCAAUAAGAUUGAAUACAUGGAAGAUGUUGCAGAGGUGUUUGUGGAGAGUACUAUGGAAGCAGCUGCUCAAGCACCGGCUGUGAGUGAGGUUGCAGUGGCAGCUGCUGAUUCGUAUCUUCCUGUUGCGGCCUUGCAAUAUGUGAUCGAUUGGGUUCAUACCUUUACUGGAUUGAACUGGUGGGCAGCUAUUGCUUUAACAACUCUUCUGAUGCGUGGGGCUACAAUUCCAAUUUUAGUAAAUCAGCUUAAGGCGACUUCAAAGCUUUCUCUGAUGAGGCCUCAUAUGGAAGAAAUUAAAGAGCAGAUGCAAAAUACCUUGGAUCCUAAAGUUACGGAGGAGGGGAGGCAGCGAAUGAAGGACCUAUUUAAGCAGUACGGAGUGACUCCCCUUACUCCAUUUAAGGGAAUUCUCAUCCAAGGGCCCCUUUUCAUCAGCUUUUACCUGGGUAUUACAAAUAUGGUUGAGAAAGUACCAUCUUUCAAAGAAGGCGGUGCUUUCUGGUUUGUUGAUUUGACAACUCCUGACAAUCUCUACAUAUUCCCAGUUUUGACUUCAUUAUCUUUCUUGGCAACUGUGGAGCUUAAUAUGCAAGAGGGAAUGGAAGGAAAUCCUAUCGCUGGGACCAUGAAAAACUUUUCCAGAUUUAUUGCUUUUGCUACAGUUCCAAUUACCAUGAGCUUUCCAAAGGCCAUAUUCUGCUAUUGGGUCACCUCAAAUCUCUUCUCGCUAGUCUAUGGGUUAGUAAUUAAACGCCCUCCUGUGAAGAAGUUCCUUGGCCUGCCUGAUAUGGUACCUGAUGCUGCUGCUUCUAGAAUAAACUUUCCCUUUUUCCAGACUCCAAGUGGAGGGCCGUCACCACCUGGUCCAGCACCAUUUGAGACACAACCUUUCCCAGAAAAAAGAGUAUCUUCAUCUUCUGUUAUUAGUCAGAGGAUUAGGAAUCUUGAGAGAACAGUGAAAGGGCGGAAGAAAAACAAGAAGAGGGCCAAUUAAAUAAGCGCAUGGUAAUGAGCACAAAACCAAAGGUAGGAAUUGCUAGGAUGUUUUUAAAUCCUUGUGCUAUAAAGUUAUAAGCAGUUUUUUUGUCCCCUAUUGCGGGUGGAGUGUAGGCUAUUUGUUUCUAAAUCAUUCUAGCUCCCAAGGAUGGUUCAAUAACAAAUUGCCUACGGUUCAGUUACAUCAAUUUAUUUCAUGUACUAAUAGAAUACCUUGCAGUUUAACAUUGGCUCCACAAUUUUGCUUGCUGCUUGUGAUUGCUGAAUCUGAGAGGCAUUUUCUUGUUCUUAUUUUGAAAUUUUGUUGUUGAAGAUUUUUUGGAAUUUGAGAUUGUCGGAGAAACCAUAUGUUAUGUGAAAGUGACAGAAAUUGUGGAAUUCUUCUUAUAAUAAAAUCCAUUUAUUGCUCGACUAAAA